UAAAGAGGGUUCAAACAUAUUUUUAGUUGUGAUAUAAAGUCUACAUCGUUUUAGGUGUUUUAGGAUGCCAAACAAUUAAAACAAUAAAAUAAUAAUACAUACAUGACAGUAAUAUCCAUAUUCAAUAUCCAAAAUACAAUGUAGAGACCAUUUAUGUUUUAAAUUUUCGGUUCAUUAUGAAACGGUGGCGGCGCACAGGGUCAUUAAUGGGAAACACUGAAUGAAUGAAUGAAUGCUAAAGUUGUCGUAUCAGUUGUUAUCAUAACAAAAACGCUUCAACCGGACCGAACGAGAGUCUCGAGGCCUGCCGCUGCUCUGAGUGAGUGACAGGAGGCUGCGAUGUGCGUGAACUCGCUGUCAUAUAGAGAAGCGGUAUUGAACGGUUUAACAUAUUUUAGAGACAUGUUUAGAAAAAAUAUAUAUUUUAGCAGCACUACUAAGGGGAAGGUUGCCGCUUGGUCUGGAGCUGAAUUGAAUAUCACACUUAUAUUUGUGAUUGGCUGUUAUGUGGUGUGGGGCCAAGGUGGGCCCAGAGCCAUAGAGAGACAGAGUUGCGACAACGGAAGUUCAAAACGCUUGAUCGUCACGUGAUUCACGAGCCGCCAUUGCUGUAAAAAAACGUUCCAUUGGAGUCUAUGGAGUUGUCGCAACUCUCUCUCUCUAUGGCUCUGGGUGGGCCAAGCCUCUGAUUGGGUGGGCCAGUGCCCGGUUGCAUAAAGCACCUUAAGUUUUUCCCUUAAGUAUGACACUUAAGGGGUGAUUUCUCCUUACCUAAGGGAAUAAUUUAAGGGUGUUGCAUAUAAUCCCUUAAACGGUUCCCUUAGGUAAGGGAAAACGCUAAGUAUUUAACGACAGCGACCUAGGUUUUGCCGUUAUAAAAUUCUAUUGUUGCCAUGGACACGCUACUGUAUACUUUAACCCAUUAGCAGCCAUUACAGAAAACAAUGAAUACAACCGAAAAAGAAAUGGAUAAGGAAAACAAAAAGAGAAAGCCAAAUUGGACAGAGGAGGAGAAGUGUAUACUUCUCGACGAAUAUGGGAAAAGGAAAGCGAUUUUAAAAAGCAAACUUAAUCCCAAUGUAACUGCUACCAAAAAAUAUAAACAGUGGGAGGAAAUAACCGAUACAAUUAACGCACGUAAUCUAGGUGUAAAAAGGACUGUUCAGGAAAUAAUUAAGAAAUACGAAAACAUCUCUGUGAUGGCAAAAAAAGAAUUAAGCGUUCACAAGAGGGAGUCCAAUAAAACUGGUGGAGGACCACCGCCCCCUGAAUUGUCAGACUCUACUAAAAUGGUCCAAGACAUCAUUGGGGCGGACUCACCUGUCCUGGCUGGCAUCACAGGAGGUUUAGAGAGUGAAGCUGAACCAGAGGAACAGCAUAACACGGAACUUUCCCAGCAAUCCCAAACGCAGCUCCAACACCGACAAAGCGCCAGUACGCCAAACCAGGCAGCAGCCAAAAAAACGCUUGCUACCAGAGAAGAAGUGCUGGAACUGCAGAAGGAAGUCCUGCAACUACAGAAAAACAAAUUGCAGCUGGAGAUCGAAAAAAUAAAAAAGGAGAAGGAAAAUCAAGAUCUGUACAACUUUAUUCUCAACAAUAAGCUUCUACAGCUACAGAGCGAAGGAAAAGUAACAAUCACGUCAGUUGACAAAUAA